AUGUCGAAAAAAACUUACGAUCUCCUAUUUAAAAUAUUAUUGAUUGGUGAUAGCGGUGUUGGUAAAACAUGCAUCCUGUUUCGAUUUUCUGAUGAUGCAUUCAAUACCACAUUUAUAUCCACUAUAGGAAUUGAUUUUAAAAUCAAAACGAUUGAACUGCAAGGAAAAAAGAUUAAAUUACAAAUAUGGGAUACAGCUGGUCAGGAGAGAUUUCAUACGAUUACUACAUCCUAUUACAGGGGUGCAAUGGGAAUUAUGCUGGUAUAUGAUUUAACACAGAGAAAAUCAUUUGAAAAUAUCAAUAAAUGGAUUCGCAAUAUCGAUGAGCAUGCUAGUAAAGACGUAGAAAAGAUAAUUUUAGGAAAUAAAGUUGAUGAAGCAGAUAAGCGAGAAGUAUUGAAAUCUGAAGCAGAAGAGUUGGCCAGGAUACACAGUAUCCGAUUUAUGGAAACAAGUGCCAAAACAAAUAUUAAUAUCGAUGCGGCAUUUCUUGGACUGGCCAAUGACAUAUUAAAUAAAAUGCCAGGAAAACGAUCACAAGCAAGUGAAACAAUCUCUAUUCAAAAUCAUUCCCGCCCUAAUAGUAAUCAGAAACGUGGCUGUUGUGGUAGCAGCUAA